AUGCAAUGGGACCAGAAAAUCGAUGGAGAUUUGGAGAUCAGCUGGAAAGAAUUCGUGACACGUAUUUCGUCUCUACAAGACGUUAAGAUACCUAGAUGGCUAAACUCUUCAUCCGAAAGUAAAAUUAAAAUUUUGGGAUUUGCGGAUGCAUCAGAGAAGGCCUAUGCAGCAGUGGUUUAUAUUAAAACCGAUAAAGGAGUUUCCUUGAUGGCUGCAAAAAGCAAAGUAAACCCGAUUAAAAACAAAAAGACGCUUCCGAAAUUAGAGCUGUGUGCAGCCUUCCUAUUGGCCAGGCUGCUAAAUAGAAUAAUUAGUGUGGUCAAAGCCGAAUCGGAAGUUUAUGCCUGGAGUGACUCCACAAUUACACUUGCUUGGAUUGAAAAUAACAAGAGCAAAGAUAAAUUUAUAAGGUCACGAGUAACCGGCAUAAAAAAUUUGGUAUCUCAGGCGCAGUGGCGGUAUGUAAAGUCAAAAGAGAAUCCAGCAGACUUGGGGUCAAGAGGCGUGUCCCCAGAUAAACUUGUAGACUCAAAGCUAUGGUGGGAAGGUCCCCAGUGGCUGCUGUUGCCGGAGGCGGAAUGGUCUCUAACCCCUCCAGAAUUGAAGACAUGCGCUUCCACGGCUUCCAAGGAAGCACCUACCUUAUUGAACGAUUUGAUAGAAAGGUAUUCAUCAUAUGGAAGACUUCUAAGAGUUUACUCUUACAUCUUGCGGUUUGUUGAAAAACUGAAGGGAACCCGAUCCUUCCCGUCAUAUCUAACGAGAGAGGAGUUGUUAAAGGCGGAGAAAUACAUCGUUAAAGGUCAUCAGAAGAUAGAAUGGCCAAGUGAGGUACAAAAACUAAGAGAUAACAGACAGAUGGAUCAUCGACACAAGCUGGCUAAUUUGCACCCGUACCUAGACGAAGAGGGGGUUUUAAGAGUUGGAGGUCGACUUCAGUACUCUGAUUUGCAGCUAGAUCAAAAACAUCCUAUGAUCAUUCGAAAAUCACGGCUGGCCUAUUUAAUUAUACGAGACACCCAUUACAAGACGAUGCACGGAGGAAAUCGCCUAGUAGAAUGUACCGUGAGACGAAAAUUCUGGAUAAUUAAUGUGAAAAACUGUAUAAAAAAGGUUAUACGAAGCUGUCCGGUGUGCAUCCGUUAUAGGCAACAAAACACGGAGCAACUAAUGGGAAUUCUUCCAGACUAUCGUGUCAAAGUUUCAUUUCCAUUUUAUCACUGCGGAGUCGAUUAUGCAGGACCGGUUUCGAUGAAGUUUUCAAGUGGUAGAGGACAAAGGUCAUUUAAAGGAUACAUAGCUGUGUUUAUUUGUAUGACCACAAGAGCGAUUCAUUUGGAGGCGGUCAGUGGCCUUACUACCGAUGCAUUCAUGGCAGCCCUUAAACGGUUUUUUGCAAGAAGAGGAAAAAGUGCACAUAUAUAUUCGGAUAAUGGCACUAAUUUCGUUGGAGCAGCCGGUCGUCUGGAAAAGGAGUUUCAGAAAGUCGUUAGGCAGAACGCUGAUCUAGCAGAAGUUUUAGAAAACCACUUAGUUAAGUGGCAUUUUAUCCCGCCAGCAAGUCCUCACUUCGGAGGUUUGUGGGAGGCUGCGGUCAAAUCGAUGAAAUAUCAUUUAAAAAGGAUUAUUGGAGAAACCAAAAUGACGUAUGAGGAGAUGAGCACACUUUAA